UGCCGCCUUCUGUCCGGGGCCCUCACAGGCUGCCCCUCGUGCAGGGCGGCACCAGCAGCUCGCUCUGACCGACACACGGCUGCAGGCUGCGGGCAGUCGUCCCCCGGACUCCGCGCACCUGCUUGCUUGCUUGCCGCCUUCCGUCCCGAGGCCAGCAGGCCCUCAGGUGCACCCCACCGAGCCCAGCACUCGAAACGCAGCAGGCUGAGCUCUUGCCGCUCUUAGCACCUACCAGCUAAAUGCGUGGCACGGCUCUCUAAAGUGGAGAGGAGGAAGAGAUGUUCCUGUCUCACGUGAAGGUGAAAAUUUGAGGGAUUUGAAUUUUUGAUACUUUUUGGAUACUUUUUUUUUUAGUCCCCUUUGUUUUGCGUCGUUUUUCCCCUCUGCUCGCACAGUAGCUGCCGUGACGCCUCCUGCCCGCCAGGGGGCGCUGCACGCCGCCUCCAGGUCUCUCCGCCCUGCGCGGAAGGGGGAUAAGAGGAGGGGCUACGGGCAGCGGAAGCGGCGGCCGGUUCCGGGCAGGCUUUGCCGCGGUGCCCAGGGUAGGCACAGCGGUGGUGCUGUUUAGUUUCGGCGCUGCUCUUGUGCCUCUGUCGGUAGGGUUUGGCUCUGCGUUCCGGUGCAUGUAGAGCGACUCUGGUAAGGGUCUCGGUUGGUUGCACCAAGGCAGCCCGGGAAGGACCCUGCUUGGUUGGGUCUCGGUGAGCUGCCGGUGAAGGGUCCGGUCAGCUGGGCUCCGGUGUGGAGUUAAGGAGCCUGAGCUGGUGCACCCUGGUGAGGAGCCUGCUUGGCUGAGCCUUCGUGCCGGGUAAGGACGCUGCUCGGUUGGGCGUCGCUGGGCUCCGGUGCUUGGUGAGGGGCCCGGUAGGUUGGGUUCCGGUGCCCGGCGGAGGAGCCUUCUCUGUGGCAGCCUGCCGAGCUCCAGUGGGGAACCUGCUCGGCUGGGCCCUGAUGCCUCGUAAGGACGCGAAUAGGUUGAGCCCCGGCAAGCCCCCCUGCCUGCUGAGGAUGCCUGAGCCCUGAUGCCCCGCGAGGGAGACUGCUCCGUUGGGCCUUAACAGAUGCCAGUGUCCGGCCCUGGUGGCCGUUCGGGCAGAGCCCCGGGGAGGCUCCUCCUGCCCGGCCUCGCCAUGCCGAGCCGGAAGCUGCGAGGGGUCCGCCGGGUGCUGCUGGCGCUGGCGGCCGCGCUGGGCUGGCUGCUGGCCCUGCAGCUGCUGGUGGACCUGCGGGCGCUGGGGCUGCUCUGCGGGCUGCUGGCAGCGCUGGGCGGCUGGCUGGGCCCCCGAGUUCUCAGUCCCCCUGGCCGGCGGCUGCGACUGGAGCGUUUUGUCCGCUCGCUGCAGCCCCAGCCCCGCUGCCCGGGCGCCGAGGAGCGGCUGGAGAGGGAGAUCAGCAGCACCGUCCACAAAGUGGUGCGGGACUUCGUGGCCUCCUGGUACCGCACCGUCAGCAGCGAGCCAGCCUUUGAGGUCGAGGUGGAGAAGGCCAUGACCGGCCUGGCCGAGGAGCUGAGGCGGCGCAUGGGGCAAGUGGACCGCCAGGCCCUGGCUCACCGCCUCCUCCUCCUCUGCGGCCACCACUUGCAGAGCUACCUGCAGGCCCGCGAAGCCCUGAGGGCCAGUCCAGCCGGUGGCAGGACCCUGUGGCAGGAGUACAGCCGGCUGGCAGGGCCGCACCCUGCCCUCCGCAGCCCCGCAGCUGAGGUGGGCUAUGCCCGGGCUGCGGUGGAGGCGCUGCUGCGGGCCCUGGUGCCGUGGCCCCACCUGGAGACGCGGACGGGUCGCUUCGUGGUGGUGGAGCUGGUCACCUGCAACGUGCUGCUGCCGGCCGUCAGGAAGAUGGCUGAUCCUGACUGGAUUAACCUGCUGCUCAUCGGCGCUUUCUCCAAGAAGCCCCGGGCUGAGAAGCCACCUCCAGCACCCCCAGUGCCUGAUUCCUUGCCCUUCACGGUGCAGACGGACACUGCCCCUGCCAGGCUGUCCCCUACUCCGAGGGUCAUGGAGGUUCCCAGACAGGAGGCUGGAGCUGCUAGUCAGAAGGGAGAGGACUUGUCGAGUAGUCUGUGUCCCCCAGAAGAGCCUUUCCUCCAUCCCCGAGCCCUGGGAAACCUCUUUCCCUGCGAGGGUUUGGAGCUGGAGUCCCCUGCACCCGAUGCUGGCCAGGACAUGGAUCUGCUGGCACCAUCACCCGCAGGGGAGUUCCCUGAUGAGUCUCUCCAGGACACCUCUAACGUGCUGGAGGGACCAGAAAAUGGUGUGGGGGAUCUGGAGGAAGGCACUGCCACCAACUCAGAUGCUGGCCUGCUUCCCACCUCUGCUUUUGCACCGAGCUCCUGCCCUGACAUCCAGAUCGACCCAGCGGUUGAGAAGGAAGCGGAAAGCCCAAGUGUUGCCAGGAAGUCCUCCUCACAGAGACCCUCCAGCUUGGGGAAAGAUCUGGGAGCAGCAGAAGGUCCACCACAAACCCCUGCAGACUCCAGGCAGGCUCUGCCCCUGCUCACAUCCUCCCCAACGGCUUCCAUCAACACCUUCAGCUUUGAGCCCCUCAGCAGCCCCGACGGGCCGGUUGUCAUCCAGAACCUGCGCAUAACCGGGACCAUCACUGCCCGAGAGCACAGUGGCACUGGCUUCCACCCCUACACCCUCUACACUGUCAAGUAUGACACAGCCCUGGAGGGGGAGAGCACAGGCAGCCUCCAGCAAAUGGCUUACCACACCGUGAACCGCCGCUACCGCGAGUUCCUCAACCUGCAGACCAGGCUGGAGGAGAAGCCGGAGCUUCGCAAGUUCCUGAAAAAUAUCAAAGGCCCAAAGAAGCUGUUCCCUGACCUCCCAUUUGGAAACAUGGACAGUGAUAAAGUGGAAGCCAGAAAAAGCCUGCUAGAGUCUUUCCUGAAGCAACUGUGUGCAGUCCCUGAGAUUGCAAACAGUGAGGAGGUGCAGGAGUUCUUGGCCCUCAACACCGACGCCAGGAUCGCGUUCGUCAAGAAGCCCUUUGUUGUCUCCAGGAUAGACAAGAUCGUGGUCAAUGCCAUUGUGGACACUUUGAAGACAGCAUUCCCCAGGUCAGAGCCACAGAGCCCCACGGAGGAGCUGAGUGAGUCUGAAGUGGAUGGGAAGUCUCAGACAGAUGGGAAGAAGGCAAACAAGUCCAGGCUGAGAUUCUCCUCCAGUAAAAUUACUCCAGUGCUGAGUGUGAGUGAAGCUCAUGACAGGAUCUUGUACUCUAUCAGGGAAGGAAGUGCUGUCUCUGGUACCCUGUCUCUGGCUGCUAUGGAGUCCUUCCUCCAGAAGCAGGAGAAGCUGCUGGAGGCCAUCCCCAGCAAGGUUCCUGAAGGAGAGGAAGGCAGAGAAGUUAAGGAAAGCUCCAUGCAGGAGGACAUAGAUGGACUGAGCACAUCGGAGCAUGGGACACGUGCAGACACAGACCCUGACUCUGAAACAGCUUUGGCUGACCUGGCCCUGGAUGUGCUUCGUCUGCUGCUGCUGGAUCACUGGAGCUGGCUGUGCACAGAGAACAUCCAGAGGAUCUGCAACCUGCUCUUUGGGACACUCAUUCAAAGGUGGUUGGAAGUGCAAGUGGCUAACCUGACCUGCACCCAGCGCUGGGUCCAGUACCUCCAGUUGCUCCAGGAAUCCAUCUGGCCUGGAGGAGUCUUACCAGCAGUGCCUAAACCAGCCAGGACAGAGGAACAGAAGAAAGCAGCAGCAGAGCAAGCCCUGCAGAGCCUGAUGGGGAUCUUGCCUAGUGAGUGUGCCCCAGAUGUGAUCCAAGAAGUCCUUGGGCCCAGUAAAUGUCAGAUGAGCUGGGAGCUGGUGCUGGAGUCCCUGGGCCAGCCUGUGAUAAACAGGCACCUGGUUUUCUGCCUCUUGGACAUUCUGCUGGAGCUCUUGGUUCUGAAGGGCUCCAGUGAUGAGCUUGAGACUGCAGCUGCUGCGCCGUCUGCCUCUAGAGGCCUGGAGCAAGCAGGCACCUCAGCACACUGAGCAGAGCUGCUGUAGCCAGCACUGCAGGAGAGAGGCAGCCACAGGCAUGGCCUGAUUUGAUUUCCAGUGGCUACUGAACAUGUCUGGGAGCUUUAUAGCAAAGAAAUUGUUCCAGACCGUGGUAAAUGAGGCUGCUUCCAGGCUUCUCUGGUUUGGCUGGGCGAUGGAUUGAGCCCAGUGCCAGGGGCUGAAGAUGGUUUUCUGCCACGUAGCAUCUGUUCUGUUGCUGACCUGAUGGAGAGCCUGAAGAUGCCUGACCUCUGCUGAGCUGGAUAGCUGGAGAGGAUGUGCAGGCUGUCCACAAACCCUGCUGUCUUGCCCCACUUCUCUGAACAUCUGAAGGCAGAGACAGCACAUCAGGUGUGCUUUCUGGCUUCAGCUGGCACUGGGAUGCGGAGGCUUGGUGGGAUGGUGUCUUGCUGAUAGAUGUUUCUCCAGGACAGGUCAAGGGGAAAACAAAUGCUAUCCCUCCUCUCUGAGCAGCCUGCCCUGUGCCUACACCAAUACCAUCCAUUUUACCAGAAGGCAGAUGGAGAGAGGAUAGAGAAUGGAGAUGUGGUGACACCACUGAAGUCAGCCUCAAGGACCCAUCUUAGAAAGCAGAGCAGAACUCAAGGCUGCUUCCCACUGUCUCUGCACUGACAUGGUCUUGUUGUGGCAUCUCUUGCUGACAGAGCAUCAGGAUGUAAGCAGGUUAGACUGUGAGCCUGAGAAAGAGACCAAUUCCCAGGCUGAAGAGCUUAGCUGGACUCCAGGAUUACCCUGCAUGUUGCCUGCUGAGUUGUGCUUUAGUCCCACAGGCUGUCAUGUGGGAGGCACAGAAGAAGGAAGUUGCUGACCCACGUGUGGCACAGCAAGGAAAUCACCUCCCACACAAGUGCUUGUCACAGCAAGCUGAGGAAGAGGAGUGAGCACCUCUGAACCCAGGAGGAACUCCAGAUGUGUUAUGGACAGCCACAGAGAUGGGCUUGAGAGCCUCACCUUGGCUCUGGGGUUGAUUGCUGUGGCACCAGGCUUUGCUCUGCCUGCUGUUGCAACAGCUAUGUAGAGAGGGCUCCAGAAAGGCCGCCCCAGGUGGCCAUGCUUGGUGCCACCCAGCACAGAAUGGUGUGUUGAGUUGGCAGCAGGGUUUGAGUGGGUUUGUGGGCUUCUGCUGCCCAGCUGCCAGGUUUGUGGCAGGACGAAUAGACAUGGGGAACAUGCACCAACAGACUGGUUUGGUGACCUCUUCUGGUGUGUUUCCUGGGAGGAAUAGCAGCUGCCCAGAGCUGGACUUGGCUGAUGAAGGCGAUGCUGUUCCUGGUGUUCUCUGCAGACUAGAGCACUUUGAAGAGACUUCCAGGCAGGAAGUGUUCAGGAUCAUGACCAGUUUCCAUGUUACAGGACAGGCAUUUCAUGCAGCCUGCUGUUACUUGGAGCUGUCUACUCUGUGGCCUGGUUGGAGAGAAGGUGAUGUAACUCCAACAUGCCUACUACUGGAAGCAGAGACUGCUCUUUCCAGAGGCAGCUGCUUGAUAAUGGCUACCCGAUGGUGUGUGCUGCUUUGUGCUCCUGGGGGGUGUGUGUUGUGUGAAAACAGAGGGUUAGUUUGCUGCCAGCAUGUUUAGGGAGCUCCAAGGACAUCCCAAGACAAGGCAGAACCCAAUGUAAUGAAGCAAAGCAGUUUUGCUUGGCUGCUUAGAGCCAAGGCCCAGCAGUGACACUUGUGAGCUGGUGGGGGACUUGCCACCUGCUUGGAAAAGAUGGGAGCAUGUCUGUGAAGUAGCUUAGGAGCAGACUAGGCAAAAAAGCUGGAGAAUGCUCCAUGUGGGAUAAUCCCCCAUGGCCAAGCAGCAGGCUGGGAAGCAGGACUCCCAUAUAUCCUCUCCUUGGAGCUGCUUCUCUCUGUCCUUCACUGCCAGGCUCCUGUUUCCCUCCUUUUACCUACUACUUGCAUUUACUAAUCCCCUGUCUUGAGGAGCCAUCAGCAGGACUGAUGUAGCUCAGCCCUGUUGUGCUCGGUGGCCUCCCUCCCAGGUGCUCUUGGUGUGCUUGCUUGCUGGUGCUUCCUCCUUAACUUGCUGACUUUGGAGCCCCAAGAUUGUCAUCUGUCACUGAUUAGGGAUGUCAUUAAGAGACUGCUUGAAAAGGAUCAUUCAGAAACACACUGCAAGCUGGGCCCUGCCAGCUCCAGGUGAGGGCAGAGGUCUGGCACAGUCCUUACACUGGGUGUGAUGUGGGAAGAAGCAGCUCAGACUUUGCUGGGAGGCCCUAGCAGCCCUUCCUUCUACCCUGACCUCUGAUAUCAUGUGAACUGCUCAAUGUUCAAGCCCUGUGAUGGAAAUCAUUUCUGCUGGGGUGCUGUGACAGUCACUUGUGCUUGCUCUUGCUGCUUGCUGUCUCCUCCUGCACUGUCACACGGGCAGCUCGGAGCAGGCUUGGGGGGAAGCAGCAGCAGUCUACACAGGAGGAGCUGGGGCAGAUUUACUUCACACCCUGAAGUCAGCAGCAGAGCUGGGGACAGACCCCAGGAAUUUGGAUUGCAAAGUCUUAGUUUUAAUCCCCAGACCUCCCUUUCUUCCCUUAAAGUGAGGAAGACCAGAAACCAGGAUUGCCAGAGCCCUUUCUCAUGCUCUCACUGGCUAAGCUUCAAGCUCCCAUUCUCUCCUUCAUGGAUCUUAGUCCAUUCUCACCGUUGAGGUGCAGCUGCCCAGGAACAGUGCAGGAACAAGGAGCCUCUCUCUCUCUUGCACUCACUGUUAGGGAAGACCAAAUCAAAUAAGUUUUUUCCCUGCUGCAGCUCUUUCCCUCACUUUCAUUUGGGGAUUAAAUUCAGCAGCACAGUGGCAAAGGCAAAAUUCUGCAUUCAGGUGGGCUGAAAGUUUUUCUUUCCCUUGGUCUGAGACUGGAAAUGCUGCUUUGCUAAACCAAACAAGGCCAAUGAGACAGCUUCUAACUCCUCUGUGUGUAUCUGUUCCCAGCCAGCUCCCUUCUUCUGCAGGAGUUUGUGCAGAAGGCUCAAGCCACCUCUUGCUAAAGGCAGAGAAGGGUGAGAGCAGCCAGACUGGAUCUCAAGAAUUAAGUUGCAGGCUUCUAUGUGGAGCAGAACAUAACUCAGGUGGGUUCUCAGCAAUCUAAAUCCUACUGGAUAUCCAUGUUCUGCUUCUAGCUGACCAUGUGAGCAUCAAGGGGCACCUUUCAUUGCCCCUUGCCUCAGUUUCCCUCAGGCUGCAAGAUCUCUGGAAGCAGAGGCUGCUGGUGUGUUUGUGCAGCAGAGUGCAGUGAUCCAGAGCUUCAGGGCACCACCAUAAGCUAAAAGUCUGUCCAUAGUGAUGAACCAGAGCUUGGUUUUGAUGGUCUGGGGAGGGGGGAAGGAGUGUCCCUGUGCUCUGUUGUAUCUCCUGUAUUCAAAUCCUUGUAUCAGCUGCUUGUGGGUGCAGAUAUUGAGGUCUGUGUUGAAAAGCACUGUGUUGAAAGCUGGUUUUGGUGUUAAAUGGGGAGCAAGCUGCUGAUGGUGCUCCCAAGCACCUGUGGCUUUUGUUCUGUGGACAAUAAUACUCAGUUUCAAACUUG